AUGGCUGGGAACACUUCGACCGACAUCUUGGUCGCCGGCGCAUUCGCUGCCUUUACAGUCGAUCUACUUGUGUACCCUCUCGACACACUCAAGACCAGAUUCCAGUCCCCCGAUUACAACCGCCUCUACCUCGACAAAGCUACCAAUGCCAUCAAUAAGCAAGUCCUCUUCCGAGGCCUCUACCAAGGCGUCGGCAGUGUCAUCAUAGCCACCCUUCCAUCCUCAGGAGCCUUUUUCACCACCUACGAAGGCGUCAAAUCCACCUUCUCAAAGUACAAUCCUACCUUGUCUGGCUCACCGCUACUACCACAACCCAUCAUCCAUUCCGCCGCAUCCUCAAUCGCAGAACUAGUCUCAUGUGCCAUCCUCACUCCCGCCGAAGUCAUCAAGCAAAAUGCCCAAAUGGUGGAUACAGCAAAGGGCGACAAAGCCAAUGCUACCCUCCAAACCAUAGCAAAGUUCAGGUCAAACCCCUUGGCCUUGUGGAGAGGCUAUACCGCACUGGCAACCCGUAAUUUGCCCUUUACAGCCCUCCAAUUCCCAAUUUUCGAGCGUUUGAAAGAGGGCAUCAAGAAAUACAGAGAAGACAGAGGGAUGCGGACAAAUACACUACUGGAGAAUGGAUUAAUUACCGCCGCUAGUGCUGGCUCAGCUGGUGCAUUCGCUGCCGUCGUCACCACACCCGUCGAUGUGGUCAAAACCCGCAUCAUGCUUGCCGCAGCAUCAAGUGCAGCAGAAGACCAAAGCCAAACCACAAAAUCAAAAUCCAACGCCCCCGUCGAUGCAAUGGGCCGCCCUCUCCAAAGCAAAGGAGAAACCCUCAAAACCACACUCCAAAACAGCAAAGAAGGCCUCAAAGACGCAAUCCAAAAUGUCGCAAAGCCUGUGUCGAGAAAAGGCAGUAUACAGAUUGCGAGAGAGAUUAUCGCCGAUCAAGGCGUCAUCAAGGGACUUUUCCGCGGUGGUGCUUUGAGGGCUGUUUGGACGUUGAUUGGAUCUGGACUUUAUCUUGGUGUUUAUGAGAGUGGGCGUGUGUAUCUUGCUCAACGAAGGGGUGAAGAUAUUGAUGAAGAGGAUAUUUGA